UUUUAGUGACUUAAAAACAAAGUCCCUUUAGGCUUUGCUUAUUAAGUACAUAAUAGAUGUGACGCAUUAGAGGUCUGCUCCGUCUGAAGUGAGGAUGAGUCGCUCCACCAGCCUCCUGCAGCAGAUGACUAUAUUCAUGACCGUAGUGACCGGCGGCGGCUGCGCGAUGAUGUAUUACCUCAUGCAGAAAAAUUUUGCAAAAGCAGAGUAUUACCACCUGGCCCUUGAACAGCUGAAGAAUAACUCCACAGCCAUGGCCAGUCUGGGCGCUCCUCCGCUAAAGAUACACAACAUCCAUUUAACUGACCGACACAACCGCAUUGACAACAGCAGCGCUAAGCUCAAGAUCCCAGUUACCGGGUCAAAGACCGGAGGUUAUCUCUACACAGACACACUCUUGAACAGGUCCCAUGAUUUCACCUCUUAA